CCCGGCUCCUCCUAGCAACCGCGCAGCCCUGCUAUGGCGGCCGCGGGUCCCAGCGUCUUCCUGCUCAUGGUCAACGGGCAGGUGGAGAGCGCCCAGGUGAGCGGCCGUGGACCCCGCGGGGCCGCACCCGUCCCCCCAGGGCCGAGCCUCGCCGGAGGGAGCCAGCGUUUUCCUGAGUAUGACGAUCUCUACUGCAAGUACUGUUUCGUGUAUGGCCAGGACUGGGCCCCCACGGCGGGGCUGGAGGAGGGCAUCUCACAGAUCACAUCCAAGAGCCAGGAUGCGCGGCGCGCGCUGGUGUGGAACUUCCCCAUCGACGUCACCUUUAAGAGCACCAACCCCUACGGCUGGCCGCAGAUCGUGCUUAGCGUGUAUGGGCCGGACAUGUUCGGGAACGACGUGGUCCGAGGCUACGGGGCGGUGCACGUGCCCUUCUCACCCGGACGGCACAAAAAGACCAUCCCCAUGUUUGUCCCAGAAUCUGUGUCUAAACUGCAGAAGUUUACCAGCUGGUUCAUGGGACGGCGGCCCGAGUACACAGACCCCAAGGUGGUGGCUCAAGGGGAAGGCCGGGAAGUGACCCGCGUCCGCUCCCAGGGCUUCGUCACUCUCCUCUUCAACGUGGUGACCAAGGACAUGAGGAAGCUGGGCUAUGACACCGGGCCUCCGGACACACAGGGGGUCUCAGGGCCCAGCACACCCCAGGGCCUCUCCCGGUGAAGGCAUCGGCCCCCUGGGACGGCCCAGCGACCCACCUGCCUGACGUGCGUCGGGGGUGGCCGGUGUUUGUGUAAUAAAGUGUUACCUUUUCAC